UCACAGUCGUCCCCGGUCAGAUGGUGAUUUUUCUCUCCGCGCUGCGCUGCGCCGCGUCGCUUCGUCCUCGCGUGCAUCACGCUCCCUUUUUUACUUGCCUUUUCCUGCGCCACGUGCAUUCGGUCGCCCAUGCGACAACGUGGCGGUGACUGCCGUGCCGCGCGCGCCGCACGUUCUCACCUGCGAUUGGUCGGCGGACGGGGGCUCGGCGGAGGCACGUUCGGGCUCGUUUAAAAAUAAAUGAAAGCCCGUGUCUCUACGUCUCUCUACGUGUCGCGCGGCGCGGUGCGGCGCGGCUCGACUCGACUCGACUCGGCUGCGAUUGAAACGGCCACUGCACUCCGGGAUUAAAAGGCCGGGCCGAAGCGCAGUCGUCGUUCGUGCGCAUCGCGUGUGCGUGCGUGCGUGCGUGUACAUGUGUGAAAUACGCGCACGACGUACGGUGGAUCGUCCGUUUUCGUUUUCGUCUUCGUCAAUCGUGCGUACGCGACCGCGUAUCCCCGCAGCUCGCUCGCUCGCUCGCUCGCAGUUCUCGUUGCGUGCGCGAUGACGCGCUCACAGACAGACACGUGCUCGUGUUCGACACGAGCGGUUCGCGUCGCGAGUAAAUAACAAGUACGUCGCCAGGCCGUCCCUACCCCGGUGGAGCCUGCGAGUAACCUGCGUACUGCGCGCUAAUGCUCCGCCGCGCAAGAACGGACGAACCUAACCUCCAAUAAGUCGCUGGGUUUUGCGCGCGAUCUCGUGUCUUCGUCAUUGUGUGACUCGGCCGUUUCGCCAUCGCCUUUUUCACGCCGCGUUUGAGCGACCCUUGUCGCCCAUCGCACUCAUCAGCUUUUUGCGUCGCGGUCGCGACCGAGUGAGGUGCGCACAUACACACACAUACACAGAGACAGACGCCACUCUGUCGAAACGUGCGUCGCGACGUUUCCUCGGAGAGCAGAUAGCGGACAGGUCGUGAUUGCGCGAACAUCCGCGCGCGCGAUCCGACCGAUUGGCGAUCCGUCGUCGACUUCUUCGACCAUGGCGCAUCGUGGAGAACGUCGACGAUGAAGCGCGGUGGAGACUAGGAUAUGCUGUAAGUGAGAGAGAGCCGUAACGAGACGUGGGUGUCUCUUUCGCUCUUGCUUGCCUAGGACGAGCUGAGCGUCGAGUCGGAGAGACGACUGAGAGAUGAGGAUCAUCUCCGUGGUAGCGCAGCGCGCACCGCUCUUUCGCCGCGCGUUUCUUUAAUAACGUGCGCGAUGUAAAAGUGCGAUGCUAUCAGUUAACUUCUAACCUACGCGAGGAUAAGUGAACGCGUAUAUUUGUCGCAUAAACGUGGGACUGCGAGUCUCCAUGUGGAGGCAGAUGACGUUUCAGCCUGACGGUUGAAUCUGUGCGAUACGUCAGUUGCGCAAUGACGAACGGCGAUAAUCGAAGAAAAAUAUGUCAGCCGGCAGUGGUGCGAUCGUUACUAAUCGGGGGAUGUCACUCGGACGGACGUAGGUGAAAUGGCUCGCAGUUUGCCGGACAGGGUGGCCGGGGCCUACUAUGCCCACGGCCUGUUCCUCUCGUCCCAUCCUUUCACCACAAUCUCAUUAGCGCUAUCGGUUAUCAUGAUGUGCUGUUAUCCGCUUCUCAAUCUGCCCAUGCCGGGCAACGUCCCGAAGACCGUGAUUAACCAUACUGUUAUACCAGUCAAUGGCACGGAAACUUCAGUAUUGUACGUUCAGCAAGUAGUGCUCAGGAUCGGCGUGGUACCUUGGGUCGAAGAUCUGACGCUCAUGGACGCCUUCAGAGGGCCUCUGUACGAGGUGUUCAAUCUCUUGGAAAUUAUACAGAAUUAUCAACACCCAGAUACACUGAAGACACUGGGCCAAGUGUGCCUGCACAUUGAAGCAGUGAAGAAGAGAAAUGGAAAGAAACCAGAGGUUCUACCAGAAUACAAUUGCCUUGUGCUGUCACCCGCAAAUCUCUGGCAGCAAAGUAUAGAGUUGUUCUCUCAAGAUACAAAUCUCAUCAAUACAAUAUUUUCUUAUCAGAAUUUUCAAAAAGGUAAAAUAAGUCUCGCAGAAGUGAUGUUUGGAAUGAACCUGAAGGAAACUGGCGUAAAGAGAUAUCCUAUCCGGAUUCGCCAGAGAGUUCUCCAAUACGCUGUCACUAUAUAUUUGAAGGAAUAUGAUCACGAAUUUAUAAAGGGAUUGCAGCAACAACUGAACAGCUAUUACAAACUUCACCAGAACGUCGAUAAUGCCACGAUUGCGGACGCGCAAGACGAGAUGCUGCAUGUCUUCUAUCCCGGGGAAUUCAACUAUUUCGAGUUCUUCCCGUUAGCGAUGGCUUUACUCGUGAUAUUUUUCUACGUGUAUUACUCAGUGCGGAAAAUAGAAUUGCUGAAAUCGAAAAUUGGCAUCGCUUUCAGUGCUAGCAUGACAGUGAUGGGCUCUCUGUCUAUGACUAUGGGUGUGUGCUUCUUCUUUGGUCUAACUCUCAGCAUGAGCUACAAAGAAGUGCUGCCGCACCUGAUGAUCGUCAGCCUCGAGAACGUGCUGGUGUUGACCAAGAGCGUCAUCAAUAUACCCGCGCACUUGGACGUGAAGAUACGCUUCGCGCAGGGUCUGUCGAAGGAGGGAUGGUCCAUCACGAAGACCCUGCUGAAGGAAGUGACAAUCUUCACCAUCGGACUGUUCACCUUUGUGCCCGUUAUUCAAAAGUUCUGCAUAUCCGCCAUGAUCGGACUAGUGAGUGACUUCUUCUUGCAAAUGGUAUUCUACUCGACGGUCCUGGCGAUUGAUAUCCGACGGACGGUACUGUCCAGCGAAAACUCGGCCAAGUUUCACUUAUCGCACAUUCCAACGUCGCGCAAACAACAAUUCACCACCACCAUCACCAACAGAAAGCCUCACAUAUUCCGCUCAAAGUCUCAUCCCAAGUUAAACGGCUUAUACGCCGGUCCAACCAACGUCAUCGCUCCGAAUACACAAAACACUCAUACAACGAGCAAGAUCCCAAAGCGCUUGAGACUGGUGAAUUUCUGGGCACGCACACGUAUCUUUCAACAUAUGUUCAUGGUGUACAUGGUCGUGUGGAUCAGCACAAUCAUCUAUGACUCUGGCAUCGUCGAGCACUUGAUACAUCUGAGCGAAACGUUGAAACCAGAAAGUGACAUUGACGGCUAUACAAUAGACCGACCUCAAUCAUUGAGCAAUUAUGUCGAAUUAAACACUGUCACGCCUGUUUCUGUGCCAACCGCCACCAUCAACCCCGCUCAUCUUAACGAACAGGACCUGAUCAACAAUGCUACUGAGGAACUGAACAAGUUAAAACCCGUCAAUUUUCCACCUUGGAAUCGUCUGUCGCUAUAUCAUUGGUCCUCGAUCUUAGCGAUGUACAACGUCUCGAUCGCCGGCGGCCGGGUGACUAUAUUACCGGCGAUCAAACUGUCACACGCAAUGAAUCCGCAAUUUGUUAAGCAGAUUAGCAACCCAAAUGAUGCUCAGCAUUUCCAAUGGCAGAGUCUCGCCACCGCCGCGUUCGAUCCUCUCGAUUUCUCUGAUAUGGAGGUACCGUCCAGAUCAGAGGGACGCGUGUUUAAUACGGAUGCGCCUUUUGUACCAUCGAGUCCGAUGGAGAUAUUUUUGGCCGCUCUGCUGUGUCUCAUUAGCGUCAUCGUCGUCGCGUACAUGAUGGUCGUGCUCUAUCGUUGCAUCUGCUCUCGAAAUUACGCGGAGUGGCGGACCAGCUGGCAUAAGCAAGACAAGACGCAAGACUCGGUCACUCAGCUGGUGCUAGAGGCGGUGCCCUUGGUGCUCGAAGGGCACACGCAGGAAGUGGAGUGCAUAGCGACCGAUGGUAACACCAUCGCCAGCACGUGUCUGGCGGGACACAUCAGAGUGUGGGACUCGAUCUCGGGCGAGCAACUGGCGCAUAUCGACAGACGGCAAUUCUUCAGCAGCCCGCAGAAGAUCCCGAGUCACACCUCGCCGGACGCGGACGAGCUCAUGUCGGACUACGAGAGCGGCUCGCCGCCAUCCAGGGGGGAGAUGGAAGCGACCAAUUCGAUGAUACUUUACAUGCCGACCUCGGGGAUAUAUCAGCGCAAGCUGUCUCCCGCUUACAACGCACAAGGAAUUAACGGCAGCAGCAACAACAAUAACAACAACCACCACAAGCGACGAUCUAUACCAAACACCUUGGACUACGAGUAUCAAAUCAACGAAAUGCCCAGCGGCAAGCAAGUCUGGCUACGUCGGAGUCUGGAUAGCACCUACGAUAUCCCCGAUCUCAAGUCAACGGUCGACGUCAAAUUCUCAUCGAUGAAAUUUACACCCAACCAACAGAAUUACGAUCAAGGCUUCGAUUUUGGGGAACGCUACAGAGCCUUGUUGGAGAAGCACAACAGGCUGCUCGAAGAGAUACAAAUGUCCAGAAAUAGAGAGCAACCGAGCAUACCUGUUACCGCCAGACCGAGCAACCGCGGUCUGGUCGACAGCGCGUCCUCCAUAAAUACCGAUAGAGUGACGCGAAUGUCGCACGUCAUAUCCGCGAUUUGGUGUAUGGAUUAUCAAGAGAAUCUUAUAGUGGUGGGAUGCGCCAACGGCAGUCUAGAAUUUUGGGAGGGCACGACUGGUAGAUUCAAGUGUCUAUUCGACGAUGGAUCAGAACUUGGGAUCACCGCUGUCAAGCUGAUCGGCAGCAGAGUAGUCGCGGCCAAACUGAACGGCACCCUCGACUUUCUACAGCUCGAGAGCUACAGCGAAGGCCAUCAGAUCGAUUGGGGUUUUACGUCUUACAGAAGAACUCAUGUGCGAACGGGUAGCGCCGGUUCGCCCAUGGAUCUGAACAACGGUAUGCAGACAGAGGAAGAUCUGCGUUGCAUAAAAAUUGGUACGCAGAGAGCGCAUCAGCAGGUGAUCACCGUUCUAGACAGCGAUCACGGGCACGUUAUAACGGGUAGCCAAGAUCAUGUCUUGAAAGUACAUAGUUUAGAGGAUCAGCGGCUUGAGUACACUUUCCACGGGCAUUUGGGCCCAAUAUCGUGCCUCUUCAUCGACAGGUUAUGUUCCUCAACAUUCGGUAGUGGGUCUCAAGACGGAUCGUUGUGCGUGUGGGAGCUCAAUGGGAGAACAGGAACAUGCGUGUAUAGUAUUCAAGCCCACGAUGGUGCUAUAGCUGCUGCGACGUGUUCCGUGUCAUAUGUGAUAAGUAUCGGCACGGAUGAAAGAUUGUGCGUAUGGGAACGCUUCCAGGGUCACUUGCUGCAUACGUUGCCGGCACACAGAGCAGCUUACAGUUUACAACUAGUAAUGUUGACGCAUCACCUUCUCAUAACCAGCAAUCAGGGAUCAUUAGUGGUCUGGGACGUGAGAACGGGUGAACCAGUACGGGAAGUGAGAUUGGGUCAUAAAGAUAGUUGCAUUUUUGUGAAACAAAUGCUGGCGCUGAGGGACAGCGUCGUUUGCGACUUUGGUCGGCAGUUGAGAAUAGUCAGAUUUCCAUUGGUCUCCGAUAAGAUGGACUAAUUUCUCCGUAUGCACAUGUACAUAGUGGUUUCUCUUUGUUUAACAUUAUCACCCGAGAGAAAAAGUGAGAGAGAGAGAGAGAGAGAGAGAGAGAG